GUUAAAACGCCCAAUCUGGCAAUCUGUGCUAUAAAUACACGCACUCUCUCUUAAACCGAGUAAAUAUUGCCGUGAAGGACAGCUCUUCAUUUUAAUUUUGAUUUGGUGACGAGUUAGAUCUCUCCUUACCCAUUUGCUCUUGGCUCUCUCUCAGGUGUGAAAAGAUGGGGCUGUCAUUCACCAAGUUGUUCAGCCGGUUGUUUGCGAAAAAAGAGAUGCGUAUACUGAUGGUGGGUCUUGAUGCUGCUGGUAAGACCACCAUUCUCUACAAGCUCAAGCUUGGAGAGAUUGUCACCACCAUUCCUACCAUUGGGUUUAAUGUGGAGACCGUGGAGUACAAGAACAUAAGUUUCACUGUCUGGGAUGUUGGUGGCCAGGACAAGAUCCGACCAUUGUGGAGACAUUACUUCCAGAACACACAAGGGCUUAUUUUUGUUGUUGAUAGCAAUGACAGGGACCGUGUGGUUGAAGCUAGGGAUGAGCUACACAGGAUGUUGAAUGAGGAUGAGUUGAGAGAUGCUGUACUGCUUGUAUUUGCAAACAAGCAAGAUCUUCCAAAUGCAAUGAAUGCUGCUGAAAUAACUGAUAAGCUUGGACUUCACUCUCUCCGCCAACGCCACUGGUACAUCCAGAGCACAUGUGCCACUUCUGGUGAAGGGUUGUACGAGGGACUGGACUGGCUCUCAAACAAUAUUGCAAACAGGGCAUAGGUGAUGGCGUAACUCUUGAGUUUUUGAUUGCAACAAAGUACCGGAAUACACAAUUGAUAGUGCUCCUUUGUCUUCUGAAUUUUUUUAAGCCUCCUUUAGCGGCUGUACCUGUUUAACCGUGUUUGUCAUUUUUCGUCCAAACAUUGCAAUUUUUUUCCUGUAGCUUCAGAAUAAUUCAUAUAUUUCCAUUGUUGUUGACAUCUAGUAGCAAUAUUUGUUUCUUUUUCCAAGAAUCGUUGUCGAUGUAAUGAAUAUUGUGACAUUUUUCAUUCCUUCUCUAGUGGGGCGAUUCUUUUUUUUGUCC